CUCAAUUUUUCAUUAGGCACAGCCCCGCUUCCCAGGCUUAGUCCGAUGACGGUGUCACGGUGGCAAGGCACGGCCAUUAUUACAACAGCGAACCUGAACAACAGCGAUAAUAAGACCAAGAAAUGAUGACGUAUCAUGUAUGUAAUGCGAUUGGUAGAUGGAGAUCGACGGAGGAAAAACGACAUAGACAAAGAAUUAAUAAUAAAAGAGGCAGAGGCCAUUGAAGACGAAGGCUUAACCUCGAGAUACUCAUCUGGGUGAAUUAAUAAUAAAAGAGGCAGAAGCAAUUGAAGGCGAAGGCUUAACCUCCAUACUCUCAACUGGGUUUUUUAAGUGUGAUUUCUUUGCAAUCUCUCACCAUUGAAGCCUCCCUUCGGUACCAAGAACAAGAACAAGAAACUAAACAUGGCGAACGAGCAAAGGAUUGUAGUUCCGAGAGUGAAAUUGGGAAAUCAAGGACUUGAGGUCUCCAAAUUGGGAUUCGGAUGUAUGGGCCUUUCUGGAAUCUACAAUGACCCUGUACCCGAGGAAGUUGGUAUCUCCAUCAUCAAGCGUGCAGUCAGCAGAGGGAUUACCUUCUUUGAUACCUCAGAUGUAUAUGGGGCAAACCAGAAUGAAAUUUUAGUUGGAAAGGCACUGAAGCAGUUGCCUCGAGAAGAGAUCCAAUUAGCAACAAAGUUUGGGAUUCUCAGCCUUGAUCCUGCUUGUAUGGCAAUGGCAAUAAAUGGAACCCCAGAAUAUGCAAGGGCCUGUUGUCUGGCUAGUCUCAAACGCCUUGAUGUGGAAUACAUCGAUCUAUAUUAUGUACACCGAAUUGACACAUCUGUACCCAUCGAGGAUACUAUUGGGGAACUAAAGAAGUUAGUGGAAGAAGGAAAAAUCAAGUACAUUGGGCUAUCUGAACCCAGUCCUGACACAAUAAGGAGGGCGCAUGCUGUUCACCCGAUCACUGCUCUACAGAUGGAAUGGUCCCUGUGGGCUCGUGAUAUCGAGGAAGAAAUAGUCCCUCUGUGUAGGGAACUCGGGAUUGGAAUAGUACCAUACAGCCCGCUUGGCCAUGGAGUUUUCGGUGGGAAGGGAUUUGAAGAGGGUUUACCACCGGAUGGAGCACUGGCAACGCUGCCAUGGCUUCAAGGAGAUAACUUGAACAAGAACAAAAUACUACAUAAUCGCCUGGAGAAGUUUGCCGAAAAGCGGAAGGUAUCCCUAGCUCAACUUGCACUUGGAUGGGUUCUUCAUCAAGGGGAUGAUGUAGUACCUAUCCCUGGAACGACGAAAGUAAAGAAUCUGGAUCACAACAUUGGCUCCGUAACCGUCAAGCUGACAAAGGGAGAUAUGGAUGAAAUUUCUGAUGCUAUACCCAUCAAUGAGGUGGCAGGGGAUAGAGCACCUGAGGUAAUACAGCGCUUUUCAUGGCAGUUUGCAAACACACCACCAAAGCGAGGCUAGACAACGGCUUAAAACAAUUGAAGGUGCAUUUUAUGCGCAUGCUUUCCCUGAUUAUAUGCGUUGUUCCUGCAAUAGUGUAAUGUGAGUCGACGAAACAUCGGUCAAAUGAUGCUUAUUGGUGAUUUUUAGUAGAUGCUAAUGCUGCUAAAUGUUGUGCUUUACUGUAAAGGGUCCUUUUGGACACCGUAUAGGAUAUUAUGAUAUUGAUAUCCAAUGCAUAAAUUAAUCACUAUAUAAGUUAAUAUGUAAUUUAAUCUUAUCAAGUGUUUGUAAGGAAUAUGAUAUUACGAUUGUAUA